GGAGGUGUGUUCUACAGGGAAAUGUUGUGAUGUGCAUUUUUUAUCCGAUCUAUCAUCUCAUCCACCAGAGGAAACCGAAUACUGCAUUGAUGACAAGAACCCAUGUGUGUGACAAGGGGGAGUGAUGGCAGUGUGAGUGGGAUCAUCUCAGUGUGAGGUUGAUUGGCUGCCAGGUCCAGACUCGUCUUGAUGAGGCAGCGACGCAGCGUAGUCAGCAGGAGGAGCUCAGGAGGGAGCUGGACAAUCCCUGUGUCUCACAGCAGGACGUGACAGCAGCCUAAUUCUCCCGCGCUAGUUGACGAACACGGAAGUCGACCGGAAAAGGCAGGACUAUUUCGCGCCAAAUUGAAACAGAAGAGUUGACAGAGCGAGCAGCUCGAGAGACGAACCGACACUCAAACCUCCGGACAUCGCUUGAAGUUUUACCGUCUGUUAUCCCUGUCAGUCCAAGGUCUGUAUUCACUGUGCCACACACCAGAUGAACCUGAAGACCGAGACACUGAACCGCAGCAGCUGUUUUUCCACCAGAGAUUUAUCUGAGAAGUGUGUUUCCCUGUCCAGUGUCGCUAACAUGGAGGAGGCCAACAAGCUGGUCGGCACCGGGAAGAAGCACCUGGUGAUGGGGAAGGUGGUGGAGGCGGUGAGCGCCCUGCAGGAGGCCUGUGGCAUGCUGGCAAAAAAGUAUGGCGACACAGCGGAUGAGUGUGGAGAGGCGUUCUUCUGGUGCGGUAAAGCCCUCCUGGACCUGGCACGGAUGGAGAACUCAGUCCUUGGUAACGCUCUGGAAGGAGUUCCUGAAGAAGAAGAAGAGGAGGAAGAAGAGAAACCCAAAGACUCCAACGUUGAGAGCACAGAAAACAUUGAUGAGAAGACCAGGGACGAAAUGAGGGUUCAGGUGUACGACGCCAUGGCCGAGAAGAAAAACGAAGGUGCCCAAAAGGCUGAAGGGAAGCAGAGUGAAAAGUCCGAGAAGAAAAACGAAGAGGCUCAAAAGGCUGAAGGGAAGCAGAGCGAAAAGGCCGAGAAGAAAAACGAAGAUGCCCAAAAGGCUGAAGGGAAGCAGAGUGAAAAGGCAGAGAAGAAAAACGAAGAUGCCCAAAAGGCUGAAGGGAAGCAGGGUGAAAAGGCAGAGAAGAAAGGUGCCGUGGUAAAGGCCUCCGCUGGUGAUGCACAACAGAAAGCAGCCAAAAAGGGAGAGGAGGAAAAGAAGAGCAAGGUUGAUGAAGACAAAUCUGCUGAGAAUGAAGACGAGAAGGAAAAUGAGAAACAAGGCGAGGAAUCAGCAGUGGAAGCAGAAGACGGUGAAGAAGAGGAGGUGGAGGAGGAGGAGGGCGACGAUGCCGAAAUGGAGGCUGACGCACCAGAGCAAGGCGAAGGAGACGGCACCGCUGAGAAGGACAGUGAUGAGGAGGAGGAGGAGGUGGGGAACCUGCAGCUCGCCUGGGAGAUGCUGGAAGUGGCCAAGGUCAUUUACAAGAGGAAAGAGUCUAAGGAUGAUCAGCUGAUGGCAGCGCAGACCCACCUGAGACUGGGUGAGGUUUCUGCUGAAUCAGGAAAUUACUCCCAGGCGCUGGAGGAUUUCCAGGAGUGUCUGAAGCUGCAGGUGAAACACCUGGACUCAGACAGCCGCCUGCUCGCUGAGACUCACUACCAGCUGGGCCUGACCUACAGCCUGAACCUCCAGUACCGCCAAGCUGUCGACCAGCUGAACAGCUCCAUCUCCGUCAUAAAGAGCAGGCUGGACAAGCUGCAGCAGCUGCUGGACAAGGCCGAGGGCCCGGAGGCUCUGCCCGGCGAGAGGAAGGAGAUGGAGGAGCUGAAGGCUCUGCUCCCAGAGAUCAAGGAGAAGGUGGAGGACGCCACAGAGGGACUGAAAAUGACGAGUGCUGCUUCUGAGUCUGUGAAGGAUGCACUGGGGGGAGGCUCUACUUCCUCUGCAUUCCCAGAGUCUGCUCUACAGAACGGUGACGCUGCCUCCAGUUCAAAAGUGAACGGCACAUCAACCAAAAGAGUCAGUUCCACCAACGGACACUCGUCCUCCGCUGCGGUCUCUGACAUCUCCCACCUGGUCAGGAAGAAGAGGAAACCCGAGGAGAGUCCAGUGAAGGAGGUGAAGAAGAUGAAGCACGAGCCUCCCGCUGACAAAGUCGAAAAAGCCGGCAGCAAAACUAAAGGAAAAACAAACAGUAUGGAAGUCGACAGUAAGUGAACCUGGUUUCCCUCCUGACUUUCCUCUGCGCCCAAGAGAUUCACCGUCCCGCCAAGCCCUUGUUGGACUUGUUUGCUGUUGUAAAUAUGUGCAUAUAUAACUAUGCCUGUUGUUAUGUUCCUGUUGGUUCACAUGUGUAUCUGUAAAGUUGA